AUGGCCAGAUUCACCCAGACUGAAGCAAGACGGCAGCAGCAUCCUCAGCAGCCGCCCCAUCCUGCCCACGCUAGCCUGCUCCUCAGCGGACCGGGGGCAGUACCGAGCCAGCCGCCACUACUACUGAUCCCGCACCAGCCCCAGUACGCCCAGAUCACAUUCCCCAAACCCAUGAACGGGUCAGAAUCCAUUUCCAUACAUCCUGACAGCGGCACCAUGAAAGACCAGGAUGCCAUAAAGCUGUUUAUCGGACAGAUACCGCGAAACCUCGAGGAAAAAGACCUGAAACCUCUUUUCGAACAGUUUGGCAAAAUCCACGAAUUAACAGUCCUAAAAGACCGAUACACCGGCAUGCAUAAGGGCUGUGCGUUCCUUACCUACUGUGCUCGUGAGUCAGCCAUCAAAGCUCAGAAUGCGCUGCAUGAACAGAAGACUCUGCCAGGGAUGACACGGCCCAUCCAAGUUAAACCAGCUGACAGUGAGAGUCGUGGAGGGAAAGACAGGAAGCUCUUUGUUGGCAUGUUGAACAAACAGCAGACAGAGGAGGACAUUUACCGCCUCUUUGAGCCUUAUGGUGUCAUUGAGGAGUGCACCGUAUUAAGAGGGCCUGACGGAAACAGCAAAGGCUGUGCCUUUGUAAAGUUCUCUACACAUACUGAAGCACAGUCAGCAAUCAGCGGCCUACAUGGGAGCCAAACCAUGCCUGGUGCGUCGUCCAGUCUGGUAGUGAAGUUUGCUGACACGGAUAAGGAGAGAACUAUACGCCGCAUGCAACAGAUGGUGGGACAGUUUGGCAUUUUCAACCCCACUGUGGCCCUACCCUUCAGUACCUACAGCAGUACCUACAGCACCUACACACACGCACUGAUGCAGCAACAAGCGGCCAUUAUGGCAGCAUCUCACGGCAGUUACCUAGCGCCCAGCAUGGCUUUUCCCGCCACACAGAUCCACCAGGUGGGCGCGCUCAACAUGAACGGCUUGCCCCCAACUCCCAUGACCCCUGUGUCAGGUCUGAGUUCACCACCGGCUAACCUUGCCUCGUCAGCCGUGCCAAGCAUAGUGACGCCUAUCAUUAAUGGUUUCACUGGCAUCCCACACCAGCCCAAUGGACACCCAGUAGAGGCCGUCUACACCAACGGCCUUCAGCCCUACUCCACCCAAAGCCCCACUGCAGCCGACACCCUCCAGCAAGCCUUCACUGGUGUACAGCAAUACACAGCCAUUUACCCUGCAACCACACUGACCCCUAUUGGACAGACACUGCCACAGCCUCCUCAGGUCAUUCAACAGCAACAACAACGGGAAGGACCAGAGGGCUGUAAUCUGUUCAUAUACCACCUGCCGCAGGAGUUUGGCGAUAAUGAGCUGAUGCAAAUGUUCCUGCCCUUCGGUACAGUUAUAUCUUCUAAGGUGUUUAUGGACCGAGCCACCAACCAGAGCAAGUGCUUCGGUUUCGUGAGUUUCGAUAACCCGGCCAGUGCACAGGCUGCUAUCCAGGCCAUGAAUGGGUUUCAGAUUGGGAUGAAACGGCUGAAAGUUCAGCUGAAGCGACCAAAAGAUGCCAGCCGCCCCUACUGA